UUAGACAAGCUAUGUUCAUACAAUAUACAGCUUUGUUGUUUUCUGUAUUUUUGCACAAUGUGCUGCUCGUGUUCGGACAAGAAAGCAAUAACCUGCCCGAGAGUGCAGCUAGCUCAAGAGUAUGUCAAGGAUUAAACAGUGGUUUGGGUAUGAGUGGGAGCUCUCAGGAUCAGUAUGACUUGUACAGACAAAGAUACACUAAUUGUAAAUAUGUAGAUGGAAAUCUAGAAAUCACAUAUUUAGAUGAUACCGGAAAUUGGGAUUUGUCUUUUCUUGAAUCGAUCGAGGAGGUCAGUGGAUAUGUAUUAAUAUCCUCUGUUUUGUCUCAAAAAUUGCAUUUACAGAAUUUGCGUCUGAUAAGAGGACGCCAACUUUUUCUAGACAAGUUUAGCUUACUUGUAUACAGUAAUAGUAAACCUGGGUCUAGAACACAAGGAUUGAUGGAACUCGAAUUUAGAAGUUUGCAAGAAAUUAUGAAUGGAACUGUUUUUAUUUCGAUGAACAACCUUUUGUGUCAUGCUUCAACAAUAAGAUGGGAAGACAUCAAUCCCACUGUGACACAACAUUAUCGCACGAGCAUGGACAUUCCAGGUUAUAAAAGAUCGUGUGGCGAGUGUGAUGCAGCAUGUUAUAAUGAGAAUACAGGUUCUAGACAUUGCUGGGGAGAAGGACCAGAUAUGUGUCAAAUAAUCAACCAUGGGCCUGCUUGCAGCCCAACGUGUACAGAUAGGUGUUUUGGUGAAGAUCCAAGUCAGUGUUGUCAUUCUGAAUGCGCUGCUGGAUGUAGUGGACCAAAGGCAACAGAUUGUCAUCUGCUCGUGUUCGGACAAGAAAGCAAUAACCUGCCCGAGAGUGCAUCUAGCUCAAGAGUAUGUCAAGGAUUAAACAGUGGUUUGGGUAUGAGUGGGAGCUCUCAGGAUCAGUAUGACUUGUACAGACAAAGAUACACUAAUUGUAAAUAUGUAGAUGGAAAUCUAGAAAUCACAUAUUUAGAUGAUACCGGAAAUUGGGAUUUGUCUUUUCUUGAAUCGAUCGAGGAGGUCAGUGGAUAUGUAUUAAUAUCCUCUGUUUUGUCUCAAAAAUUGCAUUUACAGAAUUUGCGUCUGAUAAGAGGACGCCAACUUUUUCUAGACAAGUUUAGCUUACUUGUAGCCAGUAAUAGUAAACCUGGGUCUAGAACACAAGGAUUGAUGGAACUCGAAUUUAGAAGUUUGCAAGAAAUUAUGAAUGGAACUGUUUAUAUUUCGAUGAACAAUCGUUUGUGUCAUGCUUCAACAAUAAGAUGGGAAGACAUCAAUCCCACUGUGACACAACAUUUUCGCACGAGCAUGGACAUUCCAGGUUAUAAAAGAUCGUGUGGCGAGUGUGAUGCAGCAUGUUAUAAUGAGAAUACAGGUUCCAGACAUUGCUGGGGAGAAGGACCAGAUAUGUGUCAAAUAAUCAAUCAUGGGCCUGCUUGCAGCCCAACUUGUACAGAUAGGUGUUUUGGUGAAGAUCCAAGUCAGUGUUGUCAUUCUGAAUGCGCUGCUGGAUGUAGUGGACCAAAGGCAACAGAUUGUUAUGCAUGCAAAAGUUUUGUUAAUGAUGGAGAAUGUGUCAGUAGCUGUCCAUCAGGUAAGGUGUAUAAUCAACAGCACGACCUAGAUCUGCAAGAAAACGUAGGAGGAAAAUUAACAUAUGGUAUUCUUUGUAUGAAAAACUGUCCGCCACAAUUGUUAAAAGAUGUCGAACAAAACAUGUGUGUGAAGAACUGUCGACCAAACAUGCAUGGCGUGGAUGGUAUGUGUGUGGAAUGUGAUGGCCCUUGUCCAAAAACAUGUGUGGGUCUCUCUGGUACGGAUUAUAUCACCGCCGACAACAUCAACCAGUUUGAGCAGUGCACAGUAAUUACUGGUAAUCUAAGAAUUUUAGAAGCUUCAUUUCAAGGAGAUGUUCACAACAAUAUACCGGGUAUUACAGUUGGCGAUUUACAAGUUUUCAAGAAUCUGAAGGAAGUAACAGGAUUCGUCCAGAUUCAGUCAAAUGACCCAGAGAUGAAAACAGUAUCUUUUUUGUCAAACCUAGAGGUUAUCCAUGGAAUGGACGUUGAUGUAACGCAAAGCUCUCUAAGCAUCAUGUUUACCCAAAUCAGAACUCUUGGUCUGACGUCACUAAGGCAGAUAAAGGAUGGACAUGUGACCAUAGCUUAUAAUUCCCUUUACUGUACCGAAUUAAACAUCGAUUUUCAAUCAAUGUUGGUUCAGAAAUCAGUACAGAGAGUACGAAUUCUGCGCAAUGAGAGCCCAGAAAUUUGCAAUAAUAAGACAGCUCUCAAAUGACCAUCGCUGUACAGAGUAUUAACUGUAUCAUUUGCAGUCAAAUAAAUAGAAA